CGAUCGCCACUCUGCCUCUCUCCGAUCCUGCUAAACCGGGUAUGACAACCACCAAGGCCGACCCCGCCUCGCCCGCGGCGGUGGCCGCGCUCAUGGAGCGGGUGGCUGCCCAGCCGGGAGCGAGUGAGUGGGUGGAUGAGGCCUGCUGCCGCAGAUACCUCGUCGCGAGGCAGGGCGACGAGGACAAGGCGGCGGCGAUGCUCUGCGAGACGCUUGACUGGCGCGCGCAGUUUCUGAGCGGCCUGGAGGCGCGUCACCGCAACAUUCGGCGCGCCAACGCGACGGGCAAGCUGCGGGUAUGCAGCUUUGCUGACCGCGAGGGUCGGCCCGUCCUGCGGAUGGCGCCGCGGCUCGAGAACUGCCGCAAUGAGCACGACGCGAACCUGAACAACCUGGUGUACCACAUGGAGCGGCUCACGGGAGGCCGGUCCGUGGCGGGCGUGCCUCCCUCUCCGGAUGGCAAGGCGAUCAUCGUCAUGGACUUUCGCGGCUUCUCGAUGUUCAACCAGCCCCCGAUGCGCACCAGCCGCGCCACGCUGGCGAUCCUGCAGAACCACUAUCCGGAGCGGGCGCACAAGUUCCUGCUCCUGCACGCGCCCGCCCUCUUCCACGCCUUCUACCGGGCCAUGUGGCGCUUCAUCGACCCGCGCACGCGCGAGAAGAUUGUGUUUGUCAAGCACGACCGCGAGGCGCUCGAGCGCCACUUUGAGCCGAGCGCGGUGGAGUGGCUCUCGGCGGCGCCCGGGGAGGGCGACGGGUGGGACGCGGACGAGUACUUUGCGGAGGACGACGAGCUGCCCUCGCUCACCAGCCCGCGGGCGGUGCUGCGCUGACGGAGGAGAGCAAUCGUGGUCAGUCCCGCUAUGGAUAUGCCCAACCCACAAAAUGAAUACGCAUCGCCUUAUGCUCUGGUUUCGGGUGCGUAACCUGGUGCGUAGACAGGCGCAGUUAUCAAAAUAAGGCAGAU